AUGGCUAUGAUGAUGAUGCCCAAUUCGGAGCCAGCAAUGCAGUUGGAAAAUCAGCUCUUUGCUUUGCCUGCAACAUUGACCGACCGAUGGCGCACUGAACACGAGAAACUUAAUCCUACAACGAUAUUUACCGAGGAUGGGACGGCUGGCGAUAUUAACUUCUACAUUCCUCCUAGUACGGCCGGACUGUUGAGUUUAGGUGACAUGGUACUGGAGUUGGAAGUGGCAAUAAAGGUCAAGAAAAAUAACCAGAAUAAUUUUGAAAUAAUCACUGCCGCUGAGGGGGUGGCCCCGGUGAACAAUUUUCUGCAUUCAAUAUUCCAAUCGGUUCAUGUAACGGUGGCUAAUCGCCUCAUCUCGGACGCGGCAACAUUUUAUCCGUAUCGCGCUUAUUUUGAAUCAUUGUUAUUUCAUUCUCCGGAAGCGCAAUUUUCGCAAUUAAGCUCAGCGGGCUAUGCGCUGGAUUUGCCGGGAAAAAUGAACAAUCAGACCGAUAACACUGGUGAAGUAUGGCGGCAUGACCUUUUUGGGAAGGGAGAAUAUGUACAAUUAUCCGGAAAAAUAUUUGCCGAUUUAUUUGACCAAAGCAAACCGCUCUGUACGGGCAUUCCUGUCCAAAUACGAUUAGUUAUGAACCGGCCAGAAUUUUGCCUACGUGUUUGGGAUGCCGAUAAAGAUACCAAAACAUACAAACCAUUCAUUCGGAAUGCUCGGUUAUCAGUACGCCGUUAUAUUCCGGCUCCGGACUUUAUGACCGCUGUAGCCGGCCAGUUACUGAAUCGCACGGUUAAGUACCACAUUGAACGGAUUGUCAUGCGGGUGGCCGACAUUCCGAAGAACACCCAAAGUACUGUAGUGACCAAUCUGCAGAUUGGUCAAAUUCCUAAGGUGGUAUUCAUUGGUUUCCUGGACAGCGAAGAUUUUCACGGCAAUUACCAGAAAAAUCCAUUUAAUUUUCACCAUUUCGACGUACGGCAGAUAAGUGUGGAAGUGGAUGGACAAAGUUAUCCGACCAAACCAUACAAUGCUGAUUUUGCGAAAAAUCAGUCAUUGGAAUGUUACGAUGGGUUGCUGGAUGCACUGGGCGCAAAAAACCAUCCCACCGGAUGCUGGUCGGUCAAUCGUAAUGGCUAUAACGAAGGAUACGCUAUUUUCGGUUUUGAUUUGACACCUGGUCAUACGGGGCGUGGACCGUUGACUUUAAUCAAACAGGGAAAUUUAAGUGUGUCGGUGACCUUUGCAAAGUCACAUGCUAAAUCGCUGAUGAUGGUGUGCAUGAUGGUGUUUGAUAGUAUUAUUGAGUUUAACCAGCAUCGUCAAUUGAUUGCUGACUUCUCAACAUGA